CAGAGGCGGACGCGGCGGCGGCUGCGGGGGGAGCGGGGCGGCCAUGAACCCCAACUGCGCGCGUUGCGGGAAGAUCGUGUAUCCUACCGAGAAGGUGAACUGCCUGGAUAAGUUCUGGCACAAAGCAUGCUUCCACUGCGAGACCUGCAAGAUGACCCUCAACAUGAAGAACUACAAGGGCUACGAGAAGAAGCCCUACUGCAACGCACACUACCCGAAGCAGUCCUUCACCAUGGUGGCAGACACUCCCGAGAACCUGCGCCUAAAGCAGCAGAGCGAGCUGCAGAGCCAGAUUCGCUACAAGGAGGAGUUUGAGAAGAACAAGGGGAAAGGCUUCAGCGUGGUGGCUGACACCCCGGAGCUGCAGCGAAUCAAAAAGACUCAGGAUCAGAUCAGCAACAUCAAAUACCAUGAAGAGUUUGAGAGGAGCAGGAUGGGCCCCAGCCCCAGCGAGGGCGCGGAGAUGGAGCGCAGGAACUCCCAGGAAAGCGCCAAUUACCGACGGCCGGAGCAGCACCAACCACAGCACCACGUCCAGCCCAGCAACCCGGUUUACCAGCAGCAGCCACCAGCCUCGCAGUCCUAUGGCUACAAGGAGCCUGCAGCGCCCGCCUCCACGCAGCGCAGUGCACCGUCCGCAGCGGGGAAGCGUUUCCGCGCCGUCUAUGAUUACAACGCGGCCGAUGAAGACGAGGUCUCCUUCCAGGAUGGUGACACCAUCAUCAACGUGCAGCAGAUCGACGACGGUUGGAUGUACGGCACGGUGGAACGCACGGGCGACACGGGGAUGCUGCCCGCCAACUACGUGGAAGCAAUCUGAGGGGGUUGGAGCCAAACCUCCCCACCCCGUGGCCCCGGUGCGCGCGCGUCUCUCUCCCCCAGCAUCCCUUCCCUCUGCCGGAGCCGCGUCCCGACGUCUCGGUUUCUUUGUGUUUCUGCAGCCGCCUCUGGUUUCUCUCGCCAUUGUAGCUUUGUUCUCGCUCUGUCGGGACUGAGGGUCUGUCUGCGAGGGAUGGCGGGGGCUCUGGGACCAAAUGCUUCUCCCUCUGCCUUCCUCCUCUCUUCCGCAGGGGAUGGGGCGCACACACCAGGCUGGGCCCCCCCCCCCGCUGUGCUGGGAAUGCAUGGGGAGGGAGGAGCAGAAUCAUUUCCUUAGGACCAAACACCCCAACUCUUGGGGGCAGGGGGGGGGAUGCAGGGGGGACCAGCUGGCAGCACCUGCCCUGCGCUGCUCCGGCUCUGCCUCGUCCCAUUGCUUCCCCUGGCUCUCUGUCUGCAGUUCCUAUUCUGACUGCACUCCCUCAGUCCUCAGUGUUGCAAACCAGAAAAAUAUUUGUGGUUAAAAUCUUUUUUUUUAAAAAAAAAUAAUCUUUUCUUGGGAUUCAGAAUGGUUCCGGGCAGCCCUGGGAGCGGCUCCUGCUGCUUUUUUGGGGUCCAGCUGCCUCAUUCUGCAUCCCAGGCUGAGUGGUGCCACUGUGCAGGAGCACCUGCUGCCCUGACCUCAUGUCCCCCCGCAGCUCCGGUUCUCCCUUUUUGGGUCCCCAUCCCUGUGCCUCUUUGGGCCGAGUGUGACGUGUCUCCCCGCUCUGUCACCGCACUGGGACUGCGCUGGGGGCUGUCCCUGCUGGCAGCAGAAGCGGGGAGGGGGGGGUUGAGCACCCUGAGCCCUGUGCCGUCCCCCACCUCUCACCCCUUGGUCCCCAGCGGUGGUGGCCGCUGAUGUUGGAUCGCUUCAUGGACCAAGAUUUCAAAGCACAUCUCUGACCCCUUCCCGUUCAGGCUGGGAAGGUCCCAGAGCUGAAGGUAUAACUGGAAGCCUGCAGCCAGGUGCUCAUGUCCCAAAGGACCAAAGUGACCGAGUUCAGACGGCCUUCAGCUCUGCCUGGGGACAAUCCCAUGGGACGGGGAAGGACCCCGCUGGGAGCAUCCCACCCCCUCCUGCCUCCAUCCCAUCAGGGUGGGCUGCAUGGGCUGAAGGUCCGCUCGGUGCUACACAGGCAGCGCAGGAGGAGGGAAGGGGGCAGAGAGUCCACAUCCCUCCCCGUCCCCCCCGUCCUUCAUCAUCCUCGUCUGGGAAAUAGCAGGGGGGGGGAGCGUCAAUGUGAAUAAACCGUUUUUUAAUGGACCAAAUCACACAGGUGAUCACGUUUUGGUAUACAGACCUUUUUUUAAUGCUACCUUGGAACCAUUGUCCUGAGUCUCCGCGCCCCUUUCUCCCCCACCGUGGGAAACAAACCUCUUACUGCUUCAUUUCUGCCUUUUCUCUCGACUUAUGCACUUUUUUGCCUUUUUUCAUAGCUGAAAAGCACCUAAACCUGUAUUUAAAAUAAAUAAGUGAAUAAAAAAACAUUAAAAAAAAAAAAAAAAAGGAAAGAAAGAAAGAAAAAAAAAUGGAAAAGCUGAAUCGCUUCUCGUCCAAUGUAAAAUAAACUUCGCCCUUCUCGGCUGCCCGGUCA